AUGCUGCAACCACUUCUCCGCUCCAGCGCGAUAAGUACCGCACGCUGCGCCACGCGAAGCUUGGCCUCGGCGGCCUCGAACGGCAAGUUUGUCAAGAUCGUCGAGGUGUCGCCGCGCGAUGGACUGCAGAACGAAAAGACCAUCGUGCCCACCGAGACCAAGGUGGAGCUCAUCCGCAGGCUUGCCGAUACGGGCGUGCCGGUGAUCGAGGCCGGAUCGUUCGUGUCGCCCAAGUGGGUGCCGCAGAUGGGUGACACGCCGCAAGUGGUCACGCAGAUGCCCGUGCACGCGUCCAUCUCGUAUCCCGUGCUGGUGCCCAACAUGCGCGGCCUCGAGGGUCUCCAGAAGCUGCUUGCCAACUACGCCGAUGGGUCCAAGGGAGCGCCGCCAACGGAUGAGAUUGCCAUCUUCACUGCGGCGUCCGAAUCGUUCUGCAAGGCCAACACCAACUGCUCGAUCGCAGAGUCGCUAGACCGGCUGCACGAAGUCACGUCCAAGGCCAAGGCUGCGGGGCUCAAAGUGCGAGGCUACGUCAGUGUGGUUGCUGGAUGCCCGUACGAGGGCAAAGUGGACGCCGAGGCGGUGGGACGCGUCUCGAAAGCGCUGCACGAGAUGGGCUGCUACGAAGUGUCGCUCGGCGACACCAUCGGUGCAGGCACGCCGUCCGUGAUGGAAGCCGUCCUCAACGCCUCGGUGCGCCAGAGCGGGCAGGGGCCAGAGUACUUUGCCGCCCACUGCCACGAUACGAUGAACACCGGCCUCGCGAAUGUGCUCCACAUGGUCAGGCUUGGCGUCCGCACGGUGGACUCGGCGGUGGGUGGCCUCGGUGGCUGCCCGUACUCGCCCGGCGCGACGGGCAACAUUGAUACGGAAAGCGUCGUGUUUGCGCUCCACAACGAGGGAUACCAGACGGGCGCGGAUCUGGACAAGCUCGUCGACGUCGGUGCGUGGAUCAACGGCCAGAUUGGCAGGACGAAUGCGAGCAGCGCUGGCAGGGCGGUCCUGGCGCAGAGGGAGAUCCGCGCAAAGCGCGCGGCGAAACAGGCCCAGGCGAAGCUGUAG